GCUGUUAGGGUGACUUCCUGACCUCAGCCGAAUAGGAGCCAAAGCUGCAGAUCCCCUCUGCAAGAUAUUCACUAUGACUGUAUGGAUCAAAGUAGAGAGCAGCACCAUAAAGACAGAUACACUGUUAGAGGAUAGAGAGAAGAGAGCGAUCCCUCUACGUCGCUCACUCCCAAACAAGAGAACCAGUCUCCUCAGGGGACCAAGCUUGUUUUAAAAAGAUGCAGUUGCUUCAAAUUAGAGAACUUGGCAAGUGCUAGUGAAUAGGAGUGGAGUGUAGCAGAGAAAACUUCAUCCUCUGCAAGUUGUAGACUUAGUCCUUUCCCGGAGAUCAGACAGUCUGCUGGAGCGUCACUGUGCCUGGAACACUUUACAGAACCUUCAGGAAUAAAAGGCUCUGAUCCCUGCACAAACCUAUGGGACUGUUUGGUUGCAAGAGUAUUUCUGGGAUGUCGGAUGACAAUAUUCCAACAUAAGGGUCGAUGAUGCUUAUUUUGCUGUACAUUACAAGUUUUGUUCUUUGUGCCAGUGGACAACCAUUGAACAAAAAACUGAAAGGAGAUCACCAGAACAUAAGGUAUGUCUGUAGCAUACCAGGAUUGCCAGGGUCUCCGGGAUCCCCUGGGGCAAAUGGAUUAGCUGGGCCACAUGGACGGAUUGGCCUUCCGGGAAGAGAUGGGAGAGAUGGCAGGAAAGGAGAAAAGGGUGAAAAGGGCAUCACAGGUUUGCGAGGAAAAACAGGACGACUGGGACCUAUUGGUGAAAAGGGUGAUCAAGGAGAGCCUGGUAAAAGAGGACCCAACGGUUCACUGGGAGACACGGGGGAAAUUGGGCCUUAUGGACCUGCUGGACCCAAGGGUGAUAAAGGCUUACGGGGAGAUCUGGGAGAAGCUGGUGUGUGCAAGUGUGGAAAUAUUGUGCUUAAAUCUGCUUUUUCAGUUGGGAUCACUACCAGCUACCCACAAGAAAGACUUCCAAUCGUAUUUAACAAAGUAAUCUUUAAUGAAGCAGAGCACUACAACCCAUCCACCGGGAAGUUCAUUUGUGCUAUCCCUGGAAUUUAUUAUUUCUCUUAUGACAUCACUCUUGCAAACAAGCACCUGGCUAUCACCCUUGUACAAAAUGGAGAGUACAAAAUAAAGACAUUUGAUGCCAACACGGGAAAUCAUGAUGUUGCCUCAGGCUCAACACUUCUUUACCUAAAGCCAGAAGAUGAAGUCUGGCUUGAGAUUUUUUAUACAGAUCAGAACGGUUUGUUUUCAGACCCCAGCUGGGCAGACAGUUUGUUUUCGGGAUUUCUUUUAUAUGCAGAUACUGAUUAUCUAAAUGCUUUGUCCGAUGACGAUGACUUAUGAUGCAGCUUAAAUUCCAAACACAGUCCCGAUUGUUUUAUGAAACUUGAAUGCAAGUCAGAUCCUGUUAAAAAGUCUAUGGAUUUUGCUGGAAGGAAGGUUUGCCUCAAUUCCUUUAAAGGGAACAAUGCCAUUGCCAACUUUUUUUAAAAGCUGGAAUUUCCCAAGUUAUAAUUGUGAAACAAGUGUGCACCCAGCUACGUCAGAAAUCCCACCUGCAUACUGGAUCAGUGACAU